AUGCCACAAAAGGUCCUCAUCGUCGGGCCUGUCAACGGCCGGCUGAGCGAGCUCGCGUCGAAGCUUCAGGCGAUCGAGAGCAAACAUGGACCUUUCACGGCUUGCUUUGUCCUCGGCGACUUGUUUAAGCCAGACAAGGUGGAACUCGAUGCGGAGAUCAAGCUGCCCAUUCCGACGUACUUCUACCAAGGGUCAACUCCUCCUUCAUAUCCGAAGCUCGAGCAGCAAGCGACUCAGGAAGGACUUGUCAAGGUGGCACCCAACCUCUACUACCUUCAGCAAAAGAGCGGCGUAGUGGUGACACCCGACGGAUUGCGGGUUGCUUUCGUCGGCGGGACAUGGGAUGCCAAAAAGUACGCAGAGGAGCUGGAGAACCAAAGUGGUGACUUUGAUCCUCUAACAUGGCACGAGUCUUCCACAGAUCUAGCGACUGAUCGCAACACCGCGCACAUCACACCUUCGACCAUCAACCGCCUGCUCGCGCACCCGUCGUUCCGUCUUCCAUCCCCAUCAUUACCAUCCACAUCGACAUUCAGCAGCGGCGCGAAAUCAGGCUCGCUCGCAGCCGCUCGAGCUAGUGCUUCCGCCGAACAAGCACGCGGCGCUGCUCAUACUGCCGCGCUCGACACGCUGAAAGCACGACCGCCGAUCGACCUCCUCCUAACGAAUUGCUGGCCGACAGGCGUGACGCUCUUCUCCCCUCCCAAUCCAUCAGAUCCUCUCGGUGGGCUGCCCGACCCGACCGCACGCAUGUGGGGCUCUCUCGCCAUCGCGCGACUCGCAUCGCAUGCCUGCCCGCGCUACCACUUUGCCCUCGCCCCUUCCAGCACCGACCCCGAGCCGCCCGUCGGCAUUGCGGGAGAGACGCUCGACAUGGGAGCCUUCUGGGAACGCGCGCCGUACACAACCGAUCUCUCCUCGUACCUUCCCCAAGUAGCCGAUUCAAGGGGAUUGAAGACGGUCACGCGCUUCGUAUCGCUAGCCCGGUUCGCCAACGAGAAGAAGCGUAGGUGGUUCCUGGCGCUCAAUCUUACGCCUGCGGACUCGCAACAGGCAGUAAUCUUGCCGGCAAAUUCUACGCAGACGCCCUACUCCGUGCCCGCACAACGACCGUCGGUGAAUGGCAAGAGGACUGCGACGCAAGAUGUAGAGGGGCCGAACUACCGCUUCCAGGAGUCGCGCAAGAAACCCCGCGCCGAAGGGGACAACGACGUGCCACCUCCCGGCUAUGUGUGUCGGAUCUGCAAUGUUGGUGGGCACUACAUUCGCGCGUGUCCAUCGAAGCAGCCUGCGACGCAGGGAUUGUCGAGCAAUGCGAUCCCUGUUGAAGGUGGGAGGGGAAACAAGCCAAGCAUGCCGCUUCCUGCGGGUCUGCCCGCCAAACCAGCCGUCGCAGAACGAAGACAGCUCAUCCCCGUCGGACCGUCCAACUGCUGGUUCUGCCUGUCGAAUCCGUCGGUUGCGAAAAGUCUCAUCGUAGCUAUUGGUGGCGAAUCCUACCUGGCUUUCCCCAAAGGCGGCUUCUCCCAUCCAUCGAUCAACACUGUAGACGCCUCGCACCUGCUUCUUGUGCCACUGGCGCACACAUCCUCUCUCCUUUCCCCCGCGCAUCCGGUCCUGUCGCUGGGCCCAGCACCGGAGGAGGAGGAGGAGAGACGACGAACAAGGGUCGAGAUGGACGAGACGAAGUCCCGCAUCCGCUCCGUAUGGGGGAGUUCAUCACACAUCAUGCUGGAAUGGACGUUGGUGAGGGUACGUACGAGUAGCCGGAUGACGCAUUUCCAGACGCAACUGCUGGCGCUCCUCUCCAGCGUGGUUGGACAGCGAGAGGUGGUCAAGAGGUUAGAUGACGCGCUGGAGGCGCUUCCUGCACUCACGGUGUUGCGGAAAGACGAGGAUGUCGAGGGAUACUUCAACCAGUCCACUCUCAAAGAAGGUGAGGAGCAGGAUGGAUACUUCCAUCUUGCUCUGCAUCCGUUGGAGGAGGGAGGCGAGAAGAGACAGUGGCUCGUUCCGUUGAGUACGACGUCGAGAUUCCCCGUCCAGUUUGUGCGGACGACGCUGGCAGACGUGUUCGAGCUGCCCCACUUGGCUGAUUGGAAGACGGCCCAAGCUGCGCAGGUGGCGGAGGACGGCCAAGAGGGGUUCGACGAGGAGGCGAGGGACAAGGAACGCUCGAGUCAGUUCAGGGCGUUGUUGGCCAAGCAGACCGCGUAG